AUGGUGGUGCCACUAAACAAAACCCUUAGUCUCACUGAUGAAUGUGGAAAACCAAAAACAAAGACUUCCGUUGCAUACACAAAGGGGACUGAUAAGUUUGCUUGGGAUGAAAGCACCCAGUCCUGGAUUCUGAGCUCGGUUUUCAUUGGAUACAUUACAACCCAGCUUUUGGGAGGCAGGUUGGCAGAACAUUUUGGGGGAAAGUUGGUCCUCGGCGUACCGAUGCUGUUGGCUGGGCUGUUAUCCCUACUGACACCAGUGGCUGCCAAGAAGCUUGGGUCCACUGCAGUGAUGGUACUAAGAGUUUUGAUUGGCAUGGCUGAGGGUGUUACAUUCCCUGCCAUGCAUGUGAUCCUUUCAAACUGGGCACCACCCUUGGAAAGAAGUAGAAUGGUUACCAUGGUGUAUGCUGGCUCACCCAUGGGAACUAUACUAACCCUUGCACAAGGGGGAGUCAUGAUGCGGGCUUGGGGUUGGGAGUCAAUUUUUUAUUUCUAUGGAGGACUGACAGUGAUAUGGUUUGUAGCUUGGUUCUUCCUUGUGUCAGACAGUCCUGAAAACCAUCCUUACAUAUCCAAGGAAGAGAAAUUGUUCAUCCUGGCAACUCUGAGCAAGGAGAAGAAGACAAUCUUAACCAUGCCAUGGAGGCAAAUUUUGACAUCAGUUCCAUUUUGGGCGCUACUGGUGACUCACAUGGGACACAACCUGGGUUACUGGAUGCUCUUAACUCAGCUGCCAACUUACAUGAACAAUAUCCUUCAUUUUGAAAUCCAGGAGGUCAGCAAGGCUCGUCAAAACAUUCCAGAAGCACAAGGAGGAUCAGCACUGUGUCUCAUAGGAGCAGCCUAUGUUGGUUGUUCAAGAACCAUGAGUGUGGUUCUCUUUUGCAUUGCUGGGAUUUGUCAAGGCUGUAUUUACUCAGGGUACGUGGCCAAUCAUCUAGACCUUGCACCACAAUUUGCAGGAACACUCCUGGGAUUAACAAAUACUGCUGCUUCUGUAACUUCAUGGACAGCACCACUGCUUGCUGGGUCAAUCACCAAAGAUAAUCAAACAAUAAGUGCUUGGAGAACCGUGUUCUGGAUUUGCGCUGCAGUUAUGCUUUUUGAUGCGAUUGAAUACCUCGUCUUCGGCAGUGGGGAAGAGCAAACAUGGAACAAUCCUGAGGCUACGGACACAGCACCAGCAGCUUUUGAAAAUUCAGCUCGUACGAAAGAUUCAAAUCAAAACUACACUUGA